ACCUAGAGUCACAAGCGCAAAAAGUUCAAAUACACGUAUUUACAUAAACGAAAAAUUAGGAGAGAAAAUCGUAUUUGAAACGAAAGUAAACGAACAUGGACAUCAGACCGACGACUCUUUGGCCACGGAUGAAUCUCGUUGUAAUUGUCAAUGCCCAUAUUCAGCGCUACAUGAGAGUCUACAAUCCGACAAUCUGGGACACCGUGAGUAGGAGGGAGGACAGUGAGGAACUGGAUUUACCCAAUGUGUAUAUCUGCUUUUGACGCGAGUUAGUUUCUUGUUUUGGAUGACCGCUUAUUCACCCGCCUUUAAAAUGGAAGUGUAAAAGCCUACACGCGCUUAAUUGGAGUUUAUUCCAUAGGAGCCCGUUGAUAUUUUAGAGGUGAGGUCGCAGUGUGUGAUUAUAUCGAGGCAGUGUUUCCGAAUACAGAUUAUUACACUUAUCCCGAAUAGAUUUUCCCUGGUAGCCAUGGGCUUGUUGGUGCUCUCUAAUACCACAUACUUGGUUUCUGAGUGAUUAAACUGCCGUGUCAUGAUUGAAGACGCGCGCAGUGAAGAACCAAACAAAGUGCCACAAUUCGGAAAGCUAGCUCGCACCUGGUUCAGAAACAUCAAUCCUCUUGUCUGUCUGUGCAAAUCCUGAGCCGCGUGGAUAUUACAUAUCGAAGUCAGAGAAAGAGAAGGGGGAGGGAGUUAGUGUCGGGUGAUUUCCUCCCCUAGCCAAAUUUCUGUCCGGGAGUCGUUGACACUCCUUCAUAACCCUGCUAUUUCGCGCAGAUGGCCAAUGCGCCGUGGGCACAGAAGUCUCCAAACCCCAGAAUUCUACUUACCGCACCGAACCCCAGUAGACAGACCACCGAGAUAGAGGAUGAGACCAUAAAAUAGCCUAAUGUUAAUUGUAGUUAUUUCAAUUAAUUCAUGAAUAUAGCCGUAUGGUUUUCUUUCCUACACCUUUGUGCAAACUCAUCUACACUCUAUGUGCACGUCCCCGGUACCAGCUGCACAUCCCCAGCCGGCGUUGGUGAUGCCAUGCCCCGCAACCACAGUGGCGAUGAGGCCGGUACUGGGCUCUGGAUGAAUACCUCCCCAGGGCGUCGGGCUCAGGACUACGGGUUGAAAGAUGUGGAGUCUGGACGGAGGAUGAUGAACAACGCGGUUCGAGUCGGAGACAGGAUGCUUUCGCUGGGCCCUGCAGGUGCAGACGGCGCGGAGAGGCAAAAGGGCGCCCGGAUGAGUUUGCUCGGGAAGCCGCUCAUCUACAGUGCGCAGAGCGGGCGCAGGAAUGUGCGCUACCGGCGUCUGCAGAAUUACCUCUACAAUGUGCUGGAGAGACCCAGGGCAUGGGCGUUCAUCUACCACGCCUUCGUGUUCAUCUUGGUGUUUGGCUGUCUGGUCCUGUCAGUGUUCUCCACAAUCCCUGCCCAUCAAGACCUGUCCAACCACUGUCUGCUCAUCCUGGAGUUUGUGAUGAUCGUGGUGUUUGGGCUGGAGUACAUCAUCAGGAUAUGGAGCGCAGGCUGCUGCUGUCGCUACAGGGGAUGGCAGGGACGCCUCCGCUUUGCCAGGAAACCCUUCUGUGUCAUAGACAUAAUUGUCCUCAUAGCUUCCAUUGCUGUGGUGUCCGCUGGUAGCCAAGGUAACAUCUUUGCCACCUCAGCAUUGCGUAGCCUUCGCUUCCUGCAGAUCCUGCGGAUGGUGCGUAUGGACCGCAGAGGGGGCACUUGGAAACUACUGGGAUCUGUAGUCUAUGCACACAGUAAGGAGUUGGUGACAGCCUGGUACAUUGGGUUCCUGGUGCUCAUCUUCUCUUCGUUCCUGGUCUACCUCGUGGAGAAGGAGUUCAACAAAGACUUUGCCACCUAUGCCGAUGCUCUGUGGUGGGGCACGAUCACCCUGACAACUAUCGGUUAUGGAGACAAGACUCCUCAGACAUGGACAGGUCGUCUGAUCUCAGCUGGCUUUGCUCUGAUGGGAAUCUCCUUCUUCGCCCUGCCUGCCGGUAUCCUGGGCUCAGGUUUUGCCCUGAAGGUACAGGAACAGCACAGACAAAAACACUUUGAGAAGAGGAGGAACCCAGCAGCCAGCCUCAUCCAGUGUGUCUGGCGUAGUUAUGCUGCUGAUGAGAACUCGGUUUCCAUAGCUACCUGGAAGCCUCAUUUGAAGGCGUUGCAUACCUGCAGUCCUGCAAAGAAAGAACAGGGCGAGACAACUAGCAGUACAAAGUUGAGCUUUAAGGAGCGGGUACGGAUGGCAAGCCCUCGCGGCCAGAGCAUGAAGAGCCGCCAGACAUCCAUCAACAAUGACCGACGCUGUUCCCCAGGCAACGAUGUGGCGGGCGCUAACACGGGAACCAGUCCUGCUAAGGUGCAGAAGAGCUGGAGCUUCAACGACCGCACACGCUUUAGACCCUCCCUGCGCCUUAAGAGUCAAUCACGCACCACGCCCUCCGAGGUGGACACAGGAAUGGGGAAUGAUGACGCAUUCGGCGACAGAGUUUGCCACUGUGAUGUCACCGUGGAAGACCUAUCAGCUCCAUUGAAGGCUGUCAUCAGAGCCGUCAGGAUCAUGAAGUUUCAUGUGGCAAAGAAGAAGUUUAAGGAGACUCUGCGCCCGUAUGAUGUGAAAGAUGUGAUAGAACAGUACUCUGCAGGACACCUGGAUAUGCUCUGCAGAAUCAAGAGUCUACAGACUAGGCUGGACACCAUAGUGGGUCCUCCUCAGCAGCAGCUGCUGAGUCCCAGAGUCAAGACCUUUUCCUCCCCCUCCCUGCACUUAUAUUACAACCAGGCCAGGAGGAAGUCCAUGCCAGGGACGAAGUCUGUCCCAGGACUGGCCACUGGACUGGGUCCCACACUGGGCAGCAAACCUGGGAACAUGUCCUCCCCCUCCCUGCAAUUAUAUUACAGCCAGGCCAGGAGGAAGUCCACCCCAGGGAUGAAGUCCCCAGGGGUGGAUCAGAUACUGGGUAAGGGCCAAAUCCCCAUCGACAAGAAGAUCAGGGACAAGCUGCACCCUGACAGGGAUACUCUGGAGGACAUGAGCAUGCUGGGACGUGUGUGUAAGGUGGAAAGACAGGUGACGUCCAUAGAGUCAAAGCUGGACUCUCUGCUGGAUGUGUACAGGCAGGUGUUACAAAAUGGUUCGUCUGCCCUCACCCUCUCCUCCCUGCCCCUGUUCGAGCUGGAGCACCAGACCUCCGACUACCGAAGCUCCAUCCUCAGCAAGGACCUGUCCUCUGGCUCCCCCCAGGGAGGGGAGGGCAGAGGGGGGCAUGAAAGUGGUGGGGGGAUGUCCCGGUCAACAACAGGCCAUCUCUCCAGGGGCCUCCAGCUCAUCCUGGCCCCCAGCGAGCUCACCCUCAACACCUGCCCCCCGUCCUACCCUGCCUCCACUGCAUCCCUCACGCCCUCACCUCUCCUGCCGCCUGACAGCCCCUACCCGCUCCUCACCACACCCAGUAGUUUCCCCAGGCGAGCGCACUUCCCUGACCUCCCGCCCCCUCCACCAUCCGCUGGUGCUGCCACCCUUCAGCUGCCCCCCAUGGGCCCCCAGCAAAGACGUCCCCUCAGCCCCACCCAAGAUGCUACACGAGGGGGUAGGCUGGAGCAGAGCUCAGGCCUCUCUAUGGUGGUGGGCUCCGUGGUGGACCAUGGAGAGGAGGGGGACAGAGAGGGUGGACAUAGCUGGGGCAGGGUGCAGCUGAGGGGGAAGCCCCAUUUGAGGGAAGAGGGCCCCUGGAGGAGGCACAUGAGCCUGGAGGUGGACCCCAUGCUGCUGCUUUCCUCUGGAUGUGAUGACAAGCCCUCGGAGCAGGAACAGGGGCUGGGGAAGUCCCUGUCGGCACAUAACCUCACCCAGCCAUCUGCAGACAACCUUCCUAACCUGUCCUCCCCCCUCGGCAACAGUAGAAGUUCUAGUGACGACUGCCAUGGCGACCCCGACGCUAGCAACUGGGGCGAGACAGACCUUUUCAUCACCGGCCGUGACCUGGAACCGCAGGAGGACCAGUUUGAUUUCCUGUCCCAGGGGAGUGACUUCCUGUCCCAUCCCACAGCGGACGGUACUGGCUGCUUGGACGUUCUGCGGACUGAAGAUGGGGGGUCCUUAAGCAGUCUGACUGGUCCCCGCACCCACACAACGGGCAGUGCAGAGUCCCUCAACCAGCCUACCCACGUACGACUAAAAUAACUCUUCCAUAGGAGUGAAUAAGAUAAACCCUCCCCCCAACACAUACAUUACCAAUAUUACCACUGGACAAACAACAAAUAUAAUUGCAACUGUUGAUUAUAACUCUGUUUUUAAGAGAUGGAGGGGGGGGGGGUUCUCACUCCUUUCAAUUAAAGAUUUCAGGCACCCUUUAUACUCUCAUACAUAUCAUUGCAUGGACUAUUUCGAAUUUCCUAAAACAGGAACAAGCAGAGAAACUAACAGGGGGAGGGGAGAUGGGGGAGGAAGAUUGGACAAAAGUUAGGAUGGUCAGAUAGUGUUAAUGUUUGCUCUCUCGGCUAUGCAUGACCACUGCAUGUCUAAACCGCACUUUGGGGUCGAGAGUAUUCAAGCCCUGGAAACACAGUCAUGAUGGCUGAGCCCAAACUCAUAAGUCCACAUUUCACCUGUUUAUCUGCAUGUUCCUGUAAUGUAUCCUCCAAACCCUUGGGAGGCAAUUAUGAGCAGUCAGCAAUUAUUACCCAAAUAUAGAACAUGUCGUAAAUAGAUAAUACAAUAACUAAUUUGAUAAUAACAUAAGAUAAUCCUACUGAUGUAAAGUUGUCAAAACAUUUUUUUUUAAAUACAUUUUACAAUCUUGUGUGGCCAUUUGAUUUUGAUGACAAAUCCAAUAUGCUGAUUGGGUGCUCUAAUCUGACAAGGCCAGUAGGAUUCAGUAUUUUCACUUUUAAAGGCAUUUGAGUGAAAGACAAACAGCAGCCAAAUAAGAUCAGUUAUUACUAUGGUACUGUAGAUGGUGAAACAAGGCUGUGGAACACUGCAGUUGUCGGUCACAAUAAACACCACAGAAUUCAGGGUUCCUUGUCGUACAGCUCAUGAGCCCACAGUAUUCCCUUCUGUUACCAGCUGGUUGACAGGGGACACUUCAAACUUUUAAAAUAAAUACAGUAUAUCUUCUCAAAGUGGAUGAACAUUAGUCUAUGACAGGUUGGGCACAUCUCUACAAAUGGUUAGCCAGCCUACACUUUGUCAGUAGAUAUAAUGAUCAGAACUUGUUACAGACUUGCCACGGUACAGAUGAGCGGUGUGAGAGUAAGUCAGAGGAGUUGGAUCAUAAAUACAGGGAGAGAGGACCUGAUCCACUAUAUUUUAGUCCCUUUAAAGUGGUGGUAUGUGAGCCUACAAGCCUGGCACUUCCAAUAGAGCACACAGGAUCUUUGGUCUAGAGAAGGCCACUGGUCUUGUGUGUCUACUGUCCAACCAAUGUCAUCCCUAAUGAUGCUGUCCAUAGAGAUACACAGACAGGAAUGUCAUGAACAAGCCAUGUUGUAAGUGGAUGGAAAAUAUGGCAACAAGUCUGCUGUCAACGAGCUCAACUUCUGAAUGUGAUUUGUCUGUUGUUUGCAUGUCCCACUGCCUUACGAGGCAGCAGCACUGCUGACUGCCACUCAGCCUGAACACAGACGACUGCUCUUGAAUGAGAAUAUGCACAAACUGUGUUAGACAUCUUUAUUUUCUCUAUGUUGCACCUUUUUGUUGCUGAAGGAGAGAGGCACAGCAGUCUUAUAUGUAUUCUGUGGAGUUAACGAUGACAGCUUCCAUUCAACAUGUUUCUUUAUGUUUUUAUUUUGUUUUUUGAUUGGUGCAUAGGUGCAUUGGCUUAGCUGAUGAGCAAUUAUACUGUAUAAUGUGUAUAUUUUAUGUUCAUAUGUGUGACGUGACCAGCAAAAUCUAUAUAGCUGUGUGUUACAAUGGGAUUUUGUAUGAAAAUGGCCCGAGUUGGUACGAUAAAUGCACAACUGAAAGCACAAUUGUUUGGAGACGUUGGAACCUGCAUAUGUGACUGGUGGUGUUAUUCUCUGUCAUGAAAUGUUUUCCAGAUACAUAAUCAAAAAACUGCGCUACAGACAGGAAGUACUUGUACAGAGGACAGAUGCAUUGGAGGCAGGACUGAAUAUUGAAUCCACUUGGAUAACUAUGGAGUUAUGAACUCUUUCAUAAUAUCAUGCUUGGUCUAAAGUCUGAAGUUAUUAUAAUGUUUACUUCACUGACAUUAAUGGUUAAUUUCCCUCAGUUGAUUCUGGAAAUGGUCGUUCCAUAUGAUUUCAAUCACUUUCUGACUGCACCCCUUUUGAUUUGAACGAAACCUUCCAUACAUGUUUGCCCAUGUGAGAAAUGGUCAGAAAGGGACUUUUUGGUCCUGAAUGCCAAAACAUUCCGGAUCUAGAGAUGCUCAAAGUUGACACAUUUUGCAUACCCUCUCCUACCAUGAGGCAUCCAUGUCUUCAUUACUGAAUACGAUAAACGGUUGAGUUUGACAUCAUUUGAAAGCUUACAAACAGGGCUAUCCAACUGUUAUAUGAUUUAUUGAAAGAAAGCUUUUAAAAUAAAAAUGAUGUCCUUUUUUUUAAGCUUUAACAUAAAUGAUCGAAAAACACGUCAACUCAGAUUUUUUUUUCAUGUUCAUAUACAGUACCAGUCAAAAGUUGGGACACACAAGGGUUUUUCUUUAUUUUUUACUAUUUUCUACAUUGUAGAACAAUAGGGAAGACAUCAAAAAUAUGAAAUAACACAUGGGAUCAUGUAGUAACCAAAAAAGUUUAACAAAUCAAAAUAUAUUUUACAUUUGACAUUCUUCAAAGUAGCCUCCCUUUGCCUUGAUGACAGCUUUGCACACUAUUGGCAUUCUCUCAACCAGCUUCACCUGGAAUGCUUUUUCAACAGUCUUGAAGGAGUUCCCACAUAUGCUGAGCACUUGUUGGCUGCUUUUCUUUCACUCUGUGGUCCAACUCAUCCCAAACCAUCUCAACUGGGUUGAGGUUGGGUGAUCUGAUGCAGCACUCCAUCACUCUCCUUCUUGGUGAAAUAUCCCUUACACAGCCUGGAGGUGUGUAUUGAGUCAUUGUCCUGUUGAAAAAUAAACGAUAGUCCCACUAAGCGCAAACCAGAUGGGGUGGAAAAUUGCUGCAGAGUGUUGUGGUAGCCAUGCUCAUUAAGUGUGCCUUGAAUUCUAAAUAAAUCACAGACAGUGUCAUCAGCAAAGAAUCACCACACCAUCAAACCUCCUCCUCCAUGCUUCACAGUGGGAACUAUCUGUUCAUCUACUCUGCGUCUCACAAUGACAUGGUGGUUAGAACCAAAAAAUCUCUCAUUUGGACUCAUCACACCAAAAGGACAGAUUUCCACCGGUCUAAUGUCCAUUUAUUUUGUUUCUUGACCCAAGCAAGUCUCUUCUUAUUAUUGGUGUCCUUUAGUAGUGGUUUCUUUGAAGCAAUUCAACCAUGAAGGCCUGAUUCACGCAGUCUCCUCUGAACAGUUGAUGUUGAGAUGUGUCUGUUACUUGAACUCUGUGAAGCAUUUAUUUGGGCGGCCAUUUCUGAGGCUGGUAACUCUAAUGAACUUAUCCUCUGCAGCAAACGUCACUCUGGGGCUUCCGUUCCUGUGCCGGUCCUCUGAGAGCCAGUUUCAUCAUAGCGCUUGAUGGUUUUUGCAACUGCACUUGAAGAAACUUUAAAAUUCUUGAAAUGUUCCGGAUUGACUGACAUUCAUGUCUUAAAGUAACGAUGGACUGUCAUUUCUCUUUGUUUAUUUGAGCUGUUCUUGCCAUAAUAUGGACUUGGUCUUUUACCAAAUAGGGCUAUCUUCUGUAUAAGAAGAUGUUUGUAAGAAAUUCCACAAAUUAACUUUUAAGAAGGCACACCUGUUAAUUGCAAUGCAUUCUAGGUGACUACCUCAUGAUGCUGGUUGAGAGAAUGCCAAGAGUGUGCAAAGCUGUCAUCAAGGCAAAUGGUGGCUGGAUUUGUUUAACAUGGUUUUGGUUACUACAUGAUUCCAUAUGUGCUAUUUCAUAGUUUUGAUGUCUUCACUAUUAUUCUACAAUGUAGAAAAUAGUACAAAUAAAGAAUAACCCUUGAAUGAGUAGGUGUGUCCAAACUUUUGACUGGUACCCUAUGUUGUAGCUUGCUAGCACUUUGAAAUGGUGCAACAAAGAUGGUUGGAAGUCCACACAUCAGAGCAUAUUGACUUGAGUGGGAAUAUCCAUUGUUAUAAAUUAAGCUGUCAAUCCUCCAUAGGAAAUGUAUUGCAAUCAUAGAAAUACAGAUAAUAGAAUAUACUUUCCCAUUCAAGUUGACAUUCAACAAUGGGUGGACAAUCAGCCAUCUUUCUGGUAGUAAAUAGAAGUUAAAGUUUCAAUUCAAAUGUCAAUGGUGUACCACCUACUGUACAUUUCAUGGGUCUGAAAGGAUAGGUCCAUUCUAUUAAUUAUAUAUCUAUGAUUAAAUAAACACCCACCCUGUAUUCAAGAGUAUGUUAUGUCUCAAUCGAUGACUGGCACAACACAAACACUUCAGAUGAUGUAAAAUAGGGUCUAAACUUGAGAAAAAUCAGAGUUUAUGUGUUUUUAGAUCAUAGACAUUAAAGCUUAAAGAACAUCAUUGUUUAAUUAAAACAAAUGUUCAAUAAAUCAUAGAAUAGUUUGACAACCCUGUUUGUAAGCUUUCAAAUUUGAUUAAACUCAGCCGUUUUAUCUUUUUGAGAGAUCAAGACAUGGCAGGAUGGGGUAUGCAAAAUUGAUCAACUUUGAGUACCUCCUGAAUGUUUUGGCAUUCGGGUCCAAAAAGUCCCUUUCUGACCACUUCCACCAUGGGCAAACAUGAAAGUUCAAAUCAAAAAGUGUGCAGUUCAAAUCUAAAGGGGUGCAGUCAGAAAAUGACUUAAAUCAUAGGGGCGGCAGGGUAGCCUAGUGGUUAGAGUGUUAGACUAGUAACCGGAAGGGUUGCAAGUUCAAACUCCUGAGCUGACAAGGUACAGAUCUGUCGUUCUGCCCCUGAACAGGCAGUUAACCCACUGUUCCUAGGCCGUCAUUGUAAAUAAGAAUGUGUUCUUAACUGACUUGCCUAGUUAAAUAAGGGUAAAAAAAUAAUAAAAUAUGGAACGACCCAAAAGCUUAACGGUGCCUUUUUAGCAUUUAUAUAUGAUGAUAUUAUAAUUUUUUCUCCACUGGGCUGCAUAUGUUUCUACAGUGCCUAACUAGAAGAACUCAUGCAGAUGUAAGCCCAGUUUCUGAAACUAGGAUAACACACACGUUCAAAGUCUGCAAAUCUACUACAGUACAUUUUCCCUACCACUCGUACAGUGAAUUUAUUACACAAAACUGGCCUUAAAAUACAUGCUUGAUAAUGUUAACAUUCUGAUUUCUUUCAAAUAAAUGUAUUAAAAUGCA